AAAAUAGAAGAUGCUUCUUUAAUAUUAAAUAUAUGACGCAAGCGAACACAUUUAAAGAUGGAGAGAACCCUUUUCCUUUUUGCUACAAAUGCACCAAUUCUUGAUGGCUCAACAUUUCCUGUUCAAACCUCGCCGAAGCCUUAGAAACGGUGUUGGAUCGUUAGCCGCAUCCACCGAGGCAAACAACAACAAAAAUCCACGAGCAACUUUCACUUGAGUUCGUCUUUCCUACAAACUUACAAAAGUUUUCUGCUCAAUUAUCAGCAAUCUGAAUUACUUGAUGUUCUGUGAGUACCAAGAGAAGUUGAUGCACCGAGAGGGAAACCAUGGCACCAAACCAGCUUACAGCCGUGCAGAGACAAGCAUGGGUCGCCCGGCCGGCACACUUUCAAUAUUUGCUGUUCAAGUACAAGAAGGACUUGCCCUCCUUUCCCAUCAAGUCCUCACUGUUUCCCGUCAAAUUGAAUCAUCACUUGAACUAGCUGAUCGAUGGAGCGAGCGGGAGCAAGCAAUGGACGAGAUCUACCACUAAACACCCAGCAGGUGCGCUGGGCUGGUGGAAGUAAAUGAAAUCGGCAUCCGAUAAUAAAUCAGCCCACCAACCGGCGUGUCCUCCCCGAGCGUGCAUGCUCUCCAACCACACCACACGCAUCAUGCCGCGCCGCUGCUCCCUCCUCACUCCCACUACCACCACCAGCAGCAGCAGCCGCAGCCACUGCCGCCGCGCCACCAUGUGCUCGCCGCCUCCGCCUCCCGCGCACUGACCCGCCGCGCCACCGACACCAUUCGUCCAUAGGCGCCACCACACCGCCACGCCCACCAUGCGCCCGCGCCGCCGGCCGCCGCCACCGUCCCCGGCGCCUGCUCCCUCCCCCGCGUCGCGCUCUCGCGACGUCAGCUCGCCGCCUUCCCCCUACGCGGCGUUGGCGCCGGGUCCCGGUCCAGGUCCGGCACCGGAGCCGUCCGCGGCGGCGGUCGCGGGCGGCGGGAGGCGAGGGGGAGCGAGCCUCAGCCCGCCGCUCAUCGCGAUGCUGGCGGUGGUGGGCGCGGCGCUGCUGGUGGUGCUGUACGCGCGCCUGGUGAGCCGGGUGUUCCGCGCGGCGCGGCGGCGGUGGCGGCGCCGCCGGCUGCGGCUGCUCAUGCUCCCUGGCGGCGGCGGCGGCGGGUCCUCCCCUUCCCUCCGCGGCGGCGGGGACGACUCCUUCGCGUCCUUCACCACCUACGACAACUACUACCACACCUUCUCCCCGUACUGCGGCCUCGACGAAUCCGCCAUCAAGUCGCUCCCGUCGGCGCAGUACCUGGCCGCCGCGGCGGCGCGGGGUUCCGGGGCGUCCAGGGAGUGCGCCGUGUGCCUCCUCGAGUUCGCAGACGGCGACGAGCUCCGCGCGCUGCCGCUGUGCGCGCACGCGUUCCACGCCGACUGCAUCGACGUCUGGCUCCGCGCGCACGCGUCCUGCCCGCUCUGCCGCGCCGCCGUCGCGCUCCCGCCGCCCGUGCCCUCGCCGCUCCACCGCGGGGCGCGGAGGGUGCGGCCCAGCCUCGACGACCUCCUCUUCUUCCACCCGGUCCCGCCGCUCCCUUCCGAUGGAGCAACCGGCGCCGGCGCCGCCGCGCACGAGAUCGCGCCGGCCAGCCCGGACCAGCUCGGCGGCGCCAGGGACUUUUUGCUCAAGCGCUCCUACUCCUUCGGCUUCGAGCGCAGCCUCGCCGUGGAGGCCGCGUCCACGGCGUCCCCUCCCUGGCGCUUCCGUCUCUCCGCCGCCGCCGCUGCCGACGGCGCCGCCACCUCCCGCGGCCGCAGCUUCUGGAGCAAGCGCUGGCCGUCCCCGUUCGGCGGCGGCGGCGGAGGGGGCGGAUCCGCCGCAGGCUCAGCCGCCGCCCGCGUCUUCUCCUUCCGCUCCUACCGCUCCGCGGCGGGCAAGUCGUCCCCCUUCUCCCGCCGCCGCGCCCAUGGGGCCGGGAGCGGGUUCUUCAUGUCGCUGGCGUCGGAGCCGCCCUCGAUCCUGGCCGCGGCGAGGCGGAGCCGCGCGGCCGCCGCGUCGAGCCGGCUCCGAUGCGGGGACCCUGAGGCGCUGCUCUCGCCGGACCGGCUGAGCCGCUGACCCCGCCCCGCCGGCGGUGCGGUGACGCCACGCGCCGCGGUGAGCGGAUCUCGGUCUCGCCUCCCCGACUCCCUCCUCGUGGCGUGGUGGUGAUGGUGGGCCUGGCGCCCGCGUGGAGGCGGGGGCGGGGCAGUAAUGGCGCGAUAAAUGCGAGGCCCUGCCGCGGUUUUAAUGGCGGGAGGACGUGUGCCCAGAGCGAGUGGUGUCGCUUCCUGCAGCAGGCCAGCCAGCAGGCAGCAGCCCUCACUCUGGCUGUCUCCACUCCACACAGUGAGUGAGAGAGUGUCACUUGGCUCGAUCAGCUCGGUUUGAACUUUCAAAUUUUGGCUUCUUUCCCGUCUCCUCCAGCAGUUUGACCAAGUGCGUGCGUGUACAUGUGCAUGUGCUAGAGAACCAGUGGGGCAGGGGGGUGGGCCCAAGCGUGUCUGAGCCGUCCGAUCAGAAAACGACGGCGUCCGGUGGUUUGGUUGACCGGAGCCGCCGUUUUCUCGCCGGACGGCUCAUUGAUCCGGGGAGUUCUGAACCGUUCGUCUCUUGGCUAAGCGUGUUGUGUCUUCGAACUUGUGUUCCUGUACUAUUAUAGCUUGUUGUAAGCCCGUAAAAAGAAGUUUCAUCUUUGGUUACACUGGGCGUUUUCGCUUCGCGCUCAUGUGAUGAGCUUGAGCUCAAUUUCUCAAUAAGUGAAUGUAAAGUAAUGACGGUGAAGAAGCCCUUUGCUUACGAGUAACUAGCAAUUUUGACCA